CCCAGGGGACAAAAAAAUAUGGCAGCUAGUUUUUAGGGUUUCUUGGCGAGAGCUGGAGGAGGAGGCUCGAUGGACGACGCGACGCUGCACCAGGUCGUGCAGCAGCACGGGAUCAGCGUUCUUGGCCAGCAUCACCAGCCGAUUUCGGAGCAUGCGCCAUCGUCGCUGGUCCAAUCGCUCGCGCUUCAUGUGUCUUUCGAUCAUGGAUAUUUCCUGACCGUGAGAGCGAUUCAAGAACUCCGCGACAAGAGGAAUUGCUCGGUCUCUGUCGGCAUCGGAGGUCCCAGUGGAUCAGGGAAAACCAGCUUGGCGGCAAGAAUCGCAUCGGUUCUUGGUGGCGUUGUCAUUUCCAUGGAGAAUUAUCAUGAUCCUCGAUUGCCUGUUGACGACAGCAACGAUAAAGAUUCAGUCGACUUCGACUUGCUGAUAAAAAAUCUAGAAGACUUGCUAAAGGGGAAGGAUAUCACGGUCCCAUCGUUCGAUUUUCAGCAGAAAAAGCGGACAGGCUUUAAACCUCUUAAAGCUCCAAAGUCGGGAGUGGUUAUUGUCGAUGGAACAUACGCAUUGCAUGCAAAGUUGCGGUCAUUUUUGGACAUACGAGUUGCUGUGGUAGGAGGCGUGCAUUUCAGCUUGCUAUCCAAGGUCCGGAGAGAUAUCGGAGAUACUUUUUCUCUGGAUCAUCUUCUGGACAGCAUAUUUCCAAUGUUCAGAACGCACAUAGAGCCUGACCUCCACCACGCCCAGAUCAGAAUUAGCAACACUUUUGUUUCUUCUUUACGAGAGCCUUAUUACAUUUUGAAAUGCGAGAAGCAGGUGCUUAAGACGUCGUUAGAGUUCCUGUUCAGCUCGUCCAAAAUUCGCCAUGAACAGUUCAUCGAAAUGUAUUUGCGACCACCUACACUUUUCGAGAAUAGUAAGCCAAGUGAUUGGAUCAGAAUGCGACAAUGUGGGAUAAGAUACGAUCUUGCCGAGAGCGAUCAAAGAAUCGUGGAUAAAAAUUUUGUAAUCAAGCCGAAAGUGGAGUUUGAGGUGGGUAAAACAACUUUGGGAGGACUAUUGGCACUGGGUUACCAGGUUGCGGUUAGCUACAAACGUGACUCUGCAAUCAUGGACAAUGGAAAAGUCGCGAUCUCAUUGGAAAGCCUUGAUGACCUGGACAAGACGUUUGUUCAACUCAAAGGCACCGAUCGUAAAGUCGUAUCGGCUGAAGCAACAAAGCUGGGUCUUGAAGGUCCGUGGAUCACAAAGUCCUAUAUGGAAAUGAUUCUUGAGAAGAAAGGUCCACCACGCAUGGAUUCUCCGCCUCUACCUUCUUCUGCCUUCCUCACAACGAUGAGUUCUCCAACGUUUACAUCCGUUGAAAGAAAUGUAGUGUCUCCUCGACCACUGCGGGUGAAAGCGGAAAGAUCGUACAAUCUAGACAUGUGGACAAGGUCACCAACAAAGUCUGACGUCGAGCCUCUAAGUGGAUCCUGGCAUAUCACUACAAAUUCUGGAAUGACAUUUAGAGGUGAUAGCUUUGCUCCAACGUCCGAUGUUUACUUUCCAUCUGAUCAGGAAGUGUCUGAAACUUCUCCAAGGGAAUCAGUGAAACUCUUGCCUAUGCCUGAAGUUUUCGACUUCGAUAGAGGACUUCUGCUUGCAGUGCAGGCGGUUCAGACCCUUCUAAAUAAGAAAGGCGCUCCAAUCAUCGUCGGUAUAGGUGGUCCAAGCGGCUCGGGAAAGACCAGCUUGGCUCACAAAAUGGCUAAUAUUGUAGGCUGUGAAGUGAUCUCUAUGGAGAAUUACUUCAAAACCGAGGAGAUAAAAGAGUUCAAGUAUGACGACUUCACAACUCUCGAUUUGGCACUUUUGCUGAAGAAUAUUGAGGAUGCGAAAACUAUGCGACCUACAAGAAUUCCAGUCUUCGAUUUUGAGAGAAACGUCCGGAGUGGAACAAAGGAAUUGGAAGUUUCAGACGAGUGUGGAGUAGUAAUAGUGGAAGGUGUUUAUGCGUUGCAUCCAGACAUUCGAGGCUUUCUAGACAUGUCGAUUGCAGUUGUUGGGGGCGUGCAUUCACACCUCGUCACACGAGUCAUGCGGGAUCUUGAGCAAACUGGGAGAUCAGUUUCGCGACAAGAAGUUAUGACUACUGUUUUCCCCAUGUUCCAGCAGCAUAUUGAACCCCACCUCAUGCAUGCACAUCUCAAAAUAUGCAAUGAUUUUGAUCCCGUUCAUUCUCCCGAAAGUUCCAUGUUCGUUCUAAAAAGCAGCAAGGAGGUUGCAUACGAGGAGAUUGCAAAGGUCUUGGACCGUGACAAAAUGACCACCACUGUACAGACGUUUACAGACAUCUAUUUUCACCUACCUGGACUUCCUUCUACGAAUAACCAUUACUCUGAGAGCAAGUGGAUACGCGUCCGCAAUUGCGAGGGACGUUUUGCUCUGCUCAUUAGGGAGCCAAUUAGAGAAGGCAAUUUCAUCAUUCAACCAAGAGUUGAUUUUGACAUCAGUGUAAGGACCGUAGCAGGAUUGUUAAGCUUAGGUUACCAGGCUGUUGCUUACAUUGAGGCCACUGCAACCAUCUACCAAGAUGAUAAGCUUCUGAUCGAGGUUGAUCAUCUAAAGAACAUCUCUACUCCGUACAUUCAAAUCAAAGGUUCGAACAAAGAAGCUGUAGCAACCGCUGGUCAUGCACUUAAGCUGGAUGGAAACUACACCACCUCACCUUACAUAGAGAUCAUCCUGGCGAACAGACCAGCUUUUGGUGAUGGCAUCACUGGCGUUCAUGACUCUCAAGCAGCCAGACUCCAGGAGCUAGUGGAUUUUGUGCAAGCACAGGACGAAGCCAUUCAUUAUUUCGCAUUGCAGGGUGGAAAUCCCAGCUCGGAAACACUGGCGAGUCCAGCAUUAUCUGUUGAGGGCGUGCUGGAUGGUUUCGACGCCAGAUUGAAGAGGCUUGAGAGAUGGCAAAUCAUAAACACGGUUCUCUGGACAUUUUUCGUGUCAGCGUUCAUUGGCUACGUACUUUACCAACGAUCGGCCAGGCGCCCAAGCAGAUAAGAUUCAUUUUCUUCUUUGCUGAGGAGGUAAAAGAACGGAAACUCUGUAAGUUCUCGCAUUUGGAACACGCAGCAACCAAUGGCAGCAUGUUUUCAAAACUUCACUGUUUAAGCUUAGUAGCGCUAGUGCCGCCCGAGGGAUUCAAACACGUUACAUCGAGCUCAGCACUGGAAGUCGUAGCAGCAAGGUAGCUGUUGUUUACAUUGUUGCAUUUACUUACUACUAUAGAUCAAGGAACACAGCGUUGAUCAGGACUUUGUCCAGAAAUUCCAGCGCAACGACAGAGAUUUUUAGCAGCGAUGAGGAUGACCAAGGUGAUUGGAUCCUCCACCCGGCUUGGCUGCUCGGAUGGGACGCCGAGACGUCGAGCGGAGUUCGUGCGCGGUCACAGCGAUUCUUGGUGGACACGGCGAGUGGAAGCACUUGGAGGAGUGUAAUGAUGUUUGUGAGCAUUGACUGGAUCCAGCCACUGAGGACUUUUGAGGACUGUGCUACGAGCCGAUUUGAAUGCGUGAGA